GAAGGAGCUGGCUAAAUGGUAUGUUUGCUUCACGCAAGAUGUCUAAUUUUGGGUUUACAUCCUAUCGUGCCUUCAACGUUUUUAAUUUCUUCUUAUAACCUUUUUUCAAUCACAAAUUAUACACCAAACUCUUAUAAAUCCUCCCUAUAUAUCUCUCUACAACCACAAACCCUAAUUCUAUAUUAUUCAAUCAAGUUUCAACAAAACUCUCCAAACCCACAUCAACAUGAGUUCAAACCCGAGCACUAGUAGCACCAGCGGCUGCAGCGGUGGUGGCGGAAGCAGCAGCGGUGGUGGUGGUGGGCCGUGUGGUGCUUGCAAGUUCUUAAGGAGGAAAUGUGUUGCAGGGUGCAUCUUUGCACCUUAUUUUGAUUCUGAUCAAGGUGCGGCUCAUUUCGCUGCGGUCCACAAAGUUUUCGGGGCGAGUAACGUGUCGAAACUCCUGUUUCAUCUUCCGGUUCAGAGGCGCCAUGACGCGGUGAUCACUAUUUGUUAUGAAGCUCAGGCCAGGCUUAGAGAUCCUGUCCUUGGUUGUGUUUCUCAUAUCUUUGCUCUUCAACAACAGGUGAUCAACUUACAAGCUGAGCUUUCAUACUACCAAACCCACCUAGUCACCCGUGAAGGACCAGCUCCGCCGCCACCUCCGCCAGUAGCGCAACCACAACCUCCGCCGCAAGGAAUAUCCAUCAACGACCUCACAACCGCCUCGCCGUUCCUUGCUGCCUAUCAUGACUUGUCAUCACUUCUUGAACCAAUGGUGCCACCCUCAUGGACCAUGCAAUCACCAAUGAGGCAGAUGGAUCCCCGCCAGUUCAUGAGUUUUGGGGCCGCCCGAGCCCCCACUGAGUUGCCGCCAGAUCCUGGCGUCACCACUGACUUUCAAGGGCUGGCUAGGGAGCUUUUGCACAGGCCAAGUAAUGAGGGGGGUUCUGGACCAUCUGGGGCUAGCAAAAAUGAAGGCUCAUCUUUGCCCCCAUAAAAUGAGAGUUUUUAUUUUAUUUUAUUGCAUUUUGGCUAAGACAUAAUCGAAGACAUGUUUUGUUUUGGUGGGAUUUUGAUGGGAAAAUUAUCUUUGUUACUGGUAUCAUUAAAUUUAUAUAUUUUCCCAUUUGCAUGGUU